CCUCUGAGAUUGAAACCCGGUUCACUGCCACCCAACCACGGCCGGCUCGAGAGACCGGGCCAUCUUUCUCCUUGCUUCAUUGCAGACGGACGGCGGAGAAACAGCGAUGGCGUUCCAGAUACUCCGCCGGCACUCCUAGGCUUAAAAUCCUUUCCAGUACCACAUUUUUUGCGGUCCAACGGAGUCCCCUACCGCCCCCUCUCCUCUCUUAUUGGACCCAAUCGCUCCUCCUCUUCCCACUUUCCGGCGAUCCGUCGCCGGAAUCCGUAUCCAUGGCGAGGAUCGUCGGCCGAGCUCUCCCUCUCGCCACUAGAUUCCUCGUCCGUCCUCCUCCGCCGCCGAUCGCCGCCGCUCUUCGGUGGCGGCGGCGGCGGCCGCCGGGUGGUCCGACGGCCUCGCCUCAUCUCUCUGCUUCCGUUCUUUGUUCGCCUUUCUCUUCCGAUUCUCAGAGAAGGGGCUUUCAUGUCUCGUCUCGGUGUUCGCGCUCACCGGUGCCCUUCGGGGGGUUCUUCGGGUCGCUGAGAGGAUUUCGGAAGACGAGGCGCAGGCUGGCGGCCAAGAAGCAGGGUCCCAAGGAGAAGCAGCUAGAGCUCGACGUCAACAUCAGCAUCGAAGAAGAAAUGCCCAACGAUCCCGAAGUUUUGAGUAUUGCAGAAAUGCUAAAAUUGAAUAUUCCCAUGGCAAUGAAAAUUGCAUUUGAUGGUCUCAAGGAUUCAGAGUAUAAAACCAGAGAAUCUUCUAUUGAUGAUGUUGGUAAAUUUGAAAAAAUUGAGCUGUCUGUGCUGCUUUGCAAUGAUGAUUACAUUCAAAAGCUCAAUAAAGAUUGGAGAGGCGAGGACCAUGCUACGGAUGUUCUGUCCAUGUCACAGCAUAUACCUGAACUUGAUCUUCCCAUUCUAAUGCUGGGUGAUAUAGUAAUUUCCGUUGAGACAGCUGCCAGGCAAGCAAAGGAGAGAGGCCAUACACUUCUCGAUGAAAUACGAAUCCUCAUGGUUCAUGGUUUGUUGCAUCUUCUGGGCUUUGAUCAUGAGAUUAAUGAUGAGGCUGAAGCAGAGAUGCAGAAGGAGGAGGAGCUAGUUUUGAAGAGUCUUGGAUGGAAAGGAAAAGGUUUAAUUAAGAGUGCAUAUGAUACUGUAAGUGAUGGCAGGCUUCAGGCAGAAAAUUCAGAUGGAGCAGUUAUUAAAAGUCUGAAGAAAGCGGGCAGCUUGCGGUUUUAUAGACCAAAAUUUAGCUACAUUUUUUGUGAUAUGGAUGGUACACUUUUGAACAGUACAAGUCAAAUUACUCCAAUGACAGCAGAAGCUAUCAGAGAAGCAAUAUCAAGAGGAGUGAACAUAGUCAUUGCUACUGGAAAGACUCGUCCAGCUGCUAUAACUGCUUUGAAGAUGGUUGGUUUGGCUGGAAAGCAUGGUGUUGUUUCAGAAUUUUCGCCAGGGAUAUUUGUCCAGGGAUUGCUUGUUUAUGGGAGACAAGGUAGAGAAAUAUGUAGAAGAAACUUAGAUCAAGAUGUUUGUAGAGAGGCAUGUUUAUAUUCUUUGAAACAUGAGGUUCCUCUAAUAGCAUUUUGCCAAGACCGAUGUUUCACAUUGUUCGAACAUCCUUUGGUUGAUUCCGUGCAUACGGUAUAUCAUGAGCCAAAGGCGGAGGUCAUGCCUUCAGUUGAGCACCUCCUAGCAGCUGCUGAAGUACAGAAAUUAAUUUUUCUCGACACUGCUGAAGGGGUUUCUUCUACUUUGCGACCGCAUUGGGCAGAAGCAACCAUAGGCCGAGCAGGUGUUGUGCAGGCAGUGCCAGAUAUGCUUGAAAUUGUCCCAGAUGGGACCUCAAAAGGAAAUGGGAUGAAAAUGCUGCUAGAUCACCUGGGGGUUACCAGAAAAGAGGUCAUGGCUAUUGGCGAUGGCGAAAAUGAUGUUGAGAUGCUUCAAUUAGCAUCACUAGGGGUCGCACUUGCAAAUGGGUCGGAGAAGGCUAAAGCUGUAGCCAACGUGAUUGGAGCCACAAAUGAUGAAGAUGGUGUGGCAAAAGCUAUAUACGAAUAUGCUUUCUAACAUGCAAUUUGACGGCAAGAUACAGAACAGCAGUCUGAUUCGAUUUUUUCAAUGAUACGCAGGAUUCAGCCCAUGCUAGUUUUUUAUUCUUUUAUAUCUGGUGCAAUGAUUAUUGCAAGCAGAUGAGCCAAGCAAAAGUCCCUUUCAUUGGUUGGGCAUAUAAUGACUAUAGCUCUUGAAGUUAGGACCAUUGUUUUGAGCUGGAGAAGCCAGAUCACCCUUUUGUUUCCAAGGUUUUUAUUAUUCUGUUUCUGCAUGCUUAAUGGGCUUUAUUGUUGUUGCCAAACAUGUAUCAUGUUCGAGAAUAGAGGAAGAAUUCCAUACAUUUGACUUUGAA